AUGGCUUCGGCUAUGAAAUUUCAAUAUUAUUCCAAAAAGUUACCGGCUACAAAAUCAAUGUCGAAUAGUGUGUAAGUUAGCGAAACUGUUUUUGUUGAUUCGAAAAAACAUUUUUUUUUGAGAACUAUAAAUUCAAUGUCAAUUGAUGAGCAUCGUCUCGAAGAUUUUAAACGGAGAUUUAGAAGAAGUGGAUCACUUGGAAUCCCAUUUGUUCCAGAAGAAGAUGUGAAGCAGGUAAGUCUGUAAAACACCUAACAAAACUUACUACAACGUUGAUCUACAGUUAUUUGCAUCGUCCCGAAAAAAGUCGACAAUUCGUGAAGGCGAAGAAGAAGAUGGUAUUCAAAUUCUAACAAUUAUCGUGAAAUCAAGCCGGAAUUCUGAUGCUGUUUCAACAAUGUUAUCCAAACUUCCAUCUGAAACUCGUGUCAAACAUUUGGAAACAAGAGAUAGUCAAGAUGGAAGUUGUUCGAGUAUUGAAGUGUUGGUUGAAUUGGAACUUAUUGAAAUUUCGAAAAGUGAAGCGAUGGAAAUUAUGGCGAAUAAUGGUUUGGAGGUAAAUCAAAAAGUUACUUGAACUCGCUAAAUUAUUUCUGGGUAUUCUUAGGUUCAUGAAGUCUCUUAUACUAUUCAACCAAAUGAAACUAGCGAUCAAUUCACGGAACCAGGUUCAACUGAUGCAACAACUGGAUCAGAAUGGUUUCCAAAAUCAAUUUAUGAUCUAGAUAUUUGUGCAAAACGCGUAAUUAUGUAUGGAGUUGGAUUAGAUGCUGAUCAUCCAAGUUUUAAAGAUGAAGAAUAUCGAAAAAGAAGAAUGAUGUUUGCUGAUGUUGCAUUGAAAUAUAAACAGUAUCUAAAAAUUAUCUAUAAAAAUUGAAAAAAAACACAUUUUUCAGCGGCGAACAAAUUCCUCGCAUCGAAUAUACUGAAGAAGAACGUCGAACUUGGGGAGUGAUUUAUCGAAAACUUCGAGAGCUCCAUAAAAAACAUGCUUGCAAACAAUUUCUGGAUAAUUUCGAAUUGCUCGAAAGACACUGUGGAUAUUCGGAAAACAAUAUUCCACAACUCGAAGAUAUUUGCAAGUUUUUGAAAGCCAAGACUGGUUUUCGUGUUCGCCCAGUUGCUGGAUAUCUUUCAGCUCGUGAUUUUCUUGCGGGUCUCGCGUUUCGUGUGUUUUUCUGUACACAAUAUGUUAGACAUCACGCGGAUCCACUUUACACGCCUGAACCGUUAGUCAUUUGUGCUGAUGAUAAAUUAUAGUGUUUGAAUUUUAUAGGGACACUGUUCAUGAAUUGAUGGGUCAUAUGGCUCUUUUUGCUGAUCCUGAUUUUGCACAAUUCUCACAAGAGAUUGGAUUGGCUUCACUUGGAGCAUCAGAGGAGGAUUUGAAAAAAUUGGCAACGGUAAGAGAAAAAUAGAUGUGUGGGUGGGUGGAAAUUAGAUACUUGAAUGAAUUAUUCAUCAGAUUCUUUUUGAAUUCUGCUAUGAAUCACGUCUUCUGGUAAAUGUAGAAUAGAGCUAAAUUAUCCCGUUUCGAUUUCUGAAACGAAUUAAAAAUGAAGACUAUUUCAGCUCUAUUUCUUCUCAAUCGAGUUUGGUUUAUCAUCUGAUAACGCCGCCGUUUCACCGGAUAAAGAAACGGCUGGACAGAAAUUCAAAGUUUAUGGAGCAGGUUUAUUGAGCAGUGCAGGAGAACUUCAACAUGCUGUUGAAGGAAGUGCAACAAUUCUGAGAUUUGAUCCAGAUCGAGUUGUUGAACAAGAAUGUCUUAUUACCACUUUUCAGAUCGCCUAUUUUUAUACUAGAAAUUUUGAGGAGGCACAACAGAAAUUAAGGUGAGUUUAGAUGGGCCUGAAUUCUGUCGAUGUUCAGUUCCACUUCUGAAAUUCUGCCAAGUCUCAAAUAAUUUGCCACAAUACUAAAUCAUACAUUGUGAUAAGUUACCAUCUUGAUUUUCAGAAUGUUCACAAAUAAUAUGAAACGUCCAUUCAUUGUUCGCUACAAUCCAUACACUGAAAGUGUCGAAGUUUUGAAUAAUCCAAGAGCAAUUAUGUUGGCUGUUAAUAGUUUGAGAAGUGAUAUCAAUCUUCUUGCUGGAGCUCUUCACUACAUUCUCUAA